CUCUCUAUCUCUCUCUCUCUCACACACACGAUUGUAUGACCUUACUGAAAAUGAUUCCUUUUCUUUGCUUCCCUGUCGCUUUGUGUGACUGUGAUCUAUGGCAUUUUGUGUGUCUUUCGUAGUCGUUUUUGUUGUUUGUUCUGGGAGAAUUUUUUUUUCUAAACACACCACUGUGACAGGCCUUUUUGUUUCUUACUUGUGAUCGCAAUGGCCCGCCUACUCUUCCUACGAUUUGCUCGGGUCACGGUGGAAUUCAGUUAAGCUUUAUCUGUGUAGAGAUUUAUUUGCUUCUCUUGGUCUAUUUAUUUUGUUGAGAACAUUUUGUUUGUUUUGUUUUCUUAUUUGUCUCUGACUUCCUUUACGCCCUUUUUUCCACUCACCCCAUGGAUGUGUGUGCCCUCUCUUACCAGCCUGCAUGCUUCCGUUUUCCAUUUGCUCUUCUAGAACAUGACCAGCAGCAUCAGCAACAGCAGCAGCAGCAGCAACAACAACAGCAGCAGCUGCUGCAGCAACAACAACAACAACAACCUCCAGCCAUCCCUCCCCCGCCAUCCCAAUCCUCCAUCUCUGCUUUCGAAGCUUCUUCCCCGUUAGCAGCCUCUACCCCCUCUUUUCUACAACCUCCCCAGACAAGGAAUGCGCGAAUGACUCAGGCUAGUCCAAAAUCACAACCAAUGGGGACAGGCGAAGUGCCCGCUCACUACCGGGGUUAUGUAGACAAAUCCACUCCCCCUAGCUAUAAUUACUCACCCGGAGCCAAACGCUCGAGUCAGUCUCCUAAAGCAAGUCCCCAGAUUGGUCGGCACGCUAAUGAUAAUAAGCCCCUGUUGUCGCGUCCAAUGCCAGCAGACUAUAAACCACAAGUCCCGCCCCCUCCGGUAGGGGGCAGAGAGGCUCCGACCCCUCCGUCUCGUUCUAGCUCCGCACAUCACCGUUUUUCUUAUCGCCCUGAAUAUCAUGACAGCACUGAUGGUAGAUCUAUGGGGUCUCCUUCUGCCACCCGAGGCAGCAGUAUGCUGAGUGGACGUUAUGCCAUUUUACAGUUCAACCCCUCGGGACGUGGGAACAGCACUGCUGCGGACAUCUCUCGCGAUGUAAAGCAGUUUGUUUCACGUAGUUCAGAUAACUUGAAUCAGGAUAAUAUUGGGGCUGGGUCAAAGGGACCCGUACCUGCAUACGAAAGUGAUUACGAUGACCAGGGAUCUUAUAGAAACAGAAACAGCAACAAUAACAACACUAAACUUGGACUGCACCCGUCGGCCUACAUGCAGACCCCUAUCCCUUACAAACCGGCAAGCAGUCAUAAUGAACCAAUAGGCGUGUACUCUGCCUCACUUCCUUUUCAAGCUCCUCCUCCUCCGGGAACGUUAGCCCCUCCCCCUCCUCCUCCUCCGCCAUCUUCGCUAAGAGCCGGUGUGGACAGCAGAUCUGUUGCUUAUGCUAGCGGUGUCGGCGGCGGUAAAAGUGGUGGCGCUGUUGUUGUUGGUAGUGGUGGUGGUGGUGGUGGUACGAGAGGAGGGGACGCCUUGUCUGGGUGCGGUGGCGCCCUCAGUGGUUCGGGUCCCAUCCUCGACACGUGGCGUGGUAAAAACCGCACCCCUGCUGUCCAGCAGCUGGGGGUCAAAUCCCCGCCCCCUGGCUUCUCUCCUCCUGGAGUUGCAUCAAGUCCAACGAAAGACUUUCGCCAUCAGACGACGGAUGUCGUUCGAAAAAGUUUUCCCGCUGAGGAAAAAGAGAGAAGACGGAAAGAGGAAGACGAGACGUAUCGAAAGAAAAGAUUGGUAUGUCCCAAACGUAUAAUAAUGUUGUCUUUUUUUUAACGCCCCCGUUGACACGAUUUAGAUCAUUUAGUCGGUGACUUCAGCCCUGCCUGUCAGGGCUAGCCUGGGCUGAAAGUGGUACAUCGUCCCUUCAGAAAGACCGACAAGAUCCUCAAAUUAUAAUAUUUUCCCCACUCGGGAGUUGAACUGGGCUCUGUCUUCUGUGUGCGACAACGAAGCACCUAACUGCUACACCACCGAUGGGUCUGCCCCUUAAACAAAUAAUAAAUUAUACUUGAAAGAAAAGAGCAAGUGGUGAUAAUGUGUAUUUUUAUUUUUAACAUUUUAAUUUUCAUUUGU